GGGAGCUGGUUCCCACUUUUAUGAUCACUGUUUGUUGAAAGCGAAAUAAAAUCUUCUCGAUAGCUACGGUUAGAGAUUUGUGUAAAAUUUGGUGCAUGACGUGACCGUGAUUGGAUUUUGCGCCCUCUCUCGCACUCCCCUUGGAUCCUGUUGUAUUUCCUUCUAAUCCUCCUUUUCAAAUUGUCGUGCGUGCGUCUGUGUACUCUUCUUGUCGGAAACUUUCAUGGUCUCUGUCUGUUUCGAGUUUUUUCCUAGAGCUGUUGCCUGUGGGAUCAAGUUUCUAUGGAGCGGUACGAAGUUCUGGAGCAGAUUGGGAAAGGGUCCUUCGGUUCUGCUCUUCUCGUCCGACACAAACAUGAACGAAAGAAAUACGUCUUGAAAAAGAUUCGUCUGGCUCGCCAGUCUGAUAGGGCUCGCCGUUCUGCUCAUCAGGAGAUGGAGCUCAUUUCUAGAGUUUGCAAUCCGUUUAUAGUAGAGUACAAAGAUUCAUGGGUGGAAAAGGGUUCCUGUGUGUGCAUUGUUAUUGGAUACUGCGAAGGCGGAGACAUGACAGAAGCCAUAAAAAGAGCCUGCGGAGUCUAUUUUCCUGAAGAGAAACUCUGCAAAUGGCUUGUACAACUCUUAAUGGCACUCGAUUAUCUGCAUUCCAAUCAUAUCCUUCACCGUGAUGUCAAGUGUUCUAACAUAUUCUUGACAAAAGAUCAAGACAUACGGCUUGGUGACUUUGGACUUGCUAAGGUUCUAACUUCUGAUGAUCUGACAUCCUCUAUUGUGGGGACUCCCAGUUACAUGUGCCCCGAGCUUCUUGCUGACAUACCCUAUGGAUCAAAGUCAGACAUUUGGUCUCUCGGAUGCUGCAUGUAUGAGAUGGCUGCUCAUAAACCAGCAUUCAGAGCCUCUGAUGUGCAGACAUUGGUUAGCAAAAUAAACAAGUCGAUGAUGGAUCCUAUUCCUGCCAUGUAUUCCGGUGCAUUCCGAGGUCUCCUUAAGAGCAUGCUGAGGAAAAACCCUGAACUCAGGCCAAGCGCUGCCGUGUUGCUAAAUCAUCCUCAUCUUCAACCUUACAUCAGUAUGAUUCAUCUCAAGUUACAUAGCCCCAGACGAAGCACUUUUCCUCUCCAGUGGCCUGAUACCGCCAUUGGGGUCAACAGAAGGAGGCGUUCCUUCAGCAACGACACACAUUUGAAACCAACCUUCUCUGAAACAGAGACGCGUUCCGGGUCUUCUUCAGAAAUAACAUCUCAUUCACCGAUAUCUCACGCUAGAAAAGCCUCCCAAAUAACUGUUGGAACAGUCCAUGAAGAGUCUGUGGCUGAUAAGCCGGCGGUGAAGGACAGAACGCCGAGAGUAAAUUCUGCCACAACAAAAGCAUCUGGCACUCCAAGGAAACUCGAAAUCCCAUUAUCCACACCUCGUACUGUUUUGAAACAUGAACUGGUGAAGGUGUCAAACACUCCAUCAAGAAAAUCUUGGCAUAACAGGAGGAGGAGAGCAUCUCUUCCAUUAGUCACCGAACCCACUUACGAGUCAAGUCUCACCCGUCUAUGCGGUCUUAAUUCUCCAGACGUUUCCGUGAAUGCCCCAAGAAUCGAUAAGAUGGCUGAGUUCCCGGAAGAUCUCUUCCCCAUCAACGAGAUAACCCCAAGACAACAAGCUUCGUCUCCUCCUACUGACCGUUCAAUCACAGAGGACAAGUGUAUGGUGCAGAUAAGGUCGAGUUCUGAGCCAAGGCAGAGGAGGUUCGACACAUCUUCAUAUCAGCAGCGGGCAGAGGCUCUCGAGGGAUUGCUGGAGUUCAGCGCUAGGCUUCUGCAGCAAGAAAGGUAUGAAGAGCUCGGUGUUCUUCUUAAACCCUUUGGACCGGAGAGGGUUUCUCCGAGGGAGACUGCCAUCUGGUUGACCAAGAGCUUCAAAGAAGCUGCCGUGUAAUUCAAGCAACAAACGCCUUGUUUGCUUUGCCCUGCAUUUCUCUUGUGUAAAUAUGAAAUGGAGACGCGGUUGAUCCCCCAGUGUUUAAAACGGCAUGCUGGUGAAGAACGACGGAUCUACCUUAUGAAUCACCACUAUCAAAUAAUAUCAGUUAGAACAUGAUCUAA